AUUUUUGGCCACCCAGCUGCUUAAUUUGAUCAAAUAAAGGGCUGCUUAAUCAAGAAGUUUCCGCUUGGGUUAUCUGAUUAGAUUGAUACGGUAUCUCAAGUUUAAGUAAGGGAUUGGAAUCUUACAGGCAAACAGCUUGCUGCUUAGAGUUGAAACUAUGGUGCUGAUCAGAGUGCUAGCAAACCUUCUGAUACUACAGCUUUCUUACGCACAAAAGACUUCUAAACUGGUCAUUGGAGGUGAUGAAUGUAACAUAAAUGAACAUCGUUCCCUUGUUGUCUUCUUUAACUCCAGUGGUAUUUUCUGUGGUGGGACUUUGAUCAACAAGGAAUGGGUGCUCACUGCUGCACGCUGCGACAGUAAGAAUUUCCAGAUGAUGUUUGGUGUGCAUAGCAAAAAGAUACUAAAUGAGGAUGAGCAGACAAGAGACCCAAAGGAGAAGUUCAUUUGUCCCAAUAAGAAAAAAGAUGACAAAAACGACAAGGACAUCAUGUUGAUCAGGCUGGACAGUUCUGUUAGCAACAGUGAACACAUUGCGCCUCUCAGCUUGCCUUCCAGCCCUCCCAGUGUGGGCUCAGUUUGCCGUGUUAUGGGAUGGGGCGCAAUCACAUCUCCUCAAGAGACUUAUCCCGAUGUCCCUCAUUGUGCUAACAUUAACAUACUCGAUCAUGCGGUGUGUCGAGCAGCUUAUCCAGAGUUGCGGGAGAAAAGCAAAACAUUGUGUGCAGGUAUCCUGCAAGGAGGCAAAGAUUCAUGUCUGGUUGACUCUGGGGGACCCCUCAUCUGUAAUGGACAAGUCCAGGGCAUUGUAUCUGAUGGUGGGUAUCCUUGUGGCCAACCGCGUGAGCCUGGCGUCUACACCAAUGUCUUCGAUCAUCUUGACUGGAUGAAGAGCAUUAUUGCAGGAAAUACAGAUGCGACCUGCCCCCCGUGAAAACUUUUGAAAAAGUUAAGAGGAGAAAAUGUAACAUAUUAGUACAUCUCUUCUAUAUCCCUAACCAUAUCCAACUGCAUUGGAAUAUAUUCCCAGGCAGUAAGCUUUUUUUAGACUCAAAUAGGACUGCCUUUGGAGUAAGAAAUGCUCAAAAUAGUGCUGCAGGGAUCAUGUCCCAUUUAAUUUGAGUAUAAAACAAUCUCAGUAAAAUGGAGGCCUGU